AAAAACAAUUUUUAGUUGAAAAAUUUUUUGACAAAAAAAGGAAAUUCUUAAAAAUGGAUCACAAUCUCAAUAUGCAUCACAAUAAUGCCGCCUUGCAUUGGAGUUAUGGCGCCGCCGCAGUGCCAACUACGCCGCAAAAUCACUGGGUACCACCCCCACAGCAACAGUCCGGCUCACUUAAACGGGCCAUAUCGGAAAGUGAUUGUGAAGAUUUAUAUUCCGAGGAGUCGUCCAAGGAACAAAUUUCCCCCGCCGAUGGCAGCAGUUGCCAAAUGAUGAGCCGCAAAAAGCGUCGUGGUGUUAUUGAAAAAAAACGCCGCGAUCGUAUCAACUCCUCGCUAUGUGAACUCAAACGUUUGGUGCCCUCAGCCUAUGAGAAACAGGGCUCCUCUAAAUUGGAAAAGGCCGAAAUUUUACAGCUGACAGUGGAACAUUUGAAAAAUUUACAAGCCAAAGGAACCGAUGCCUUGGGCUAUGAUCCUCAAAGAUUUGCCAUGGACUAUCACAUUAUUGGCUUUCGUGAAUGUGCCGCCGAAGUGGCUCGUUAUUUGGUUACCAUCGAGGGUAUGGAUAUUCAGGAUCCCCUACGCCUGCGUUUGAUGUCCCACCUGCAAUAUUUUGUUCAGCAACGUGAAAUGUCGUUGAAAAAUUGCACAGCCACGCCAGGAGCCACACCAUGGACGGUACAUCCCAGUGCCGCAGCUGCCGCCGCUGCCUCGUCGUAUCAACCCAACUGUGGAGUGGCUCCAUAUCAGGCUUAUACCUCGGCCACAAGCAGUUCGUCUGCAACAUAUCCCAGUUUGAGUUCAUCACCCAACAAUGCCAUGCAUUCGCAACAACAACAGCAACAACAUAAUGUACGGUCCAAUUCGGUGGGUUCCGCCCAAGAUGGCCAUGGUUUGAUAAAUCACACAUCAAGACAGGUGACCUCACCUCUGCAGCAGCAACAGCAGUCACAGAGCCAGCAACAAGCACAACAACAAUCACAAACUCAACAGCAGCAACAACAACAAAGUGUGGCAGCACAUCCCCAAAUCACACCCACCUCACAUGAAACACAUCUCCAGCAAACACAACAAUCUCAACCCCAACAACAACAACAAACCACCGCUCAUCAUCACUACUCCCAUGAUCACAGUGCUGCCGCUCAUCAGGAUCAUCAAGGUGCCACAUAUAUUGAAUUAACAAAUGCCCAUGUCCAUCCAGGGCAUCGUCAGGUGCCCUCAGCCGUUCCGGCCUCAGCAUUGGGUUAUACCGCCAUGCCACCCCAAUAUCCGGUCAGUGUGGCCCAGGAAUAUAAUCAUCAGACUGGUGUUUAUGUCACAGCCAAUGGUUCAAAACCCUAUCGGCCAUGGGGUGCCGAAAUGGCUUACUAGGGAAAGAGAGUGUGAGAGAAAGGGAAUGGUCUAAAAAUUCCCGGAUUUGACAUAUCAUUGUCUAACAAAUCAAUCACUAUAAGAAGAAACAGCAUACAGGAAACCGAAAUACCGAGAGAAAAAAACUACAUUAGAAGGCCUAAGAGAGAGAGAGAGAGAGAUAAAUUAAGAGAGGGGAAGCUGUUUCCUUAUAAACAACGAAAGAACAAUGUUAUUUCCAAGAAAGCUUUAUAAAUUUAUGAAACGCCUUGAAGGACCAAAAGCUGUAUAAAUACAUCAAGGACAAAGGGUUUUCUGAAGAAAAUAUCUAACUACAAAAACAUCUAUGUAACUACAAAAGCUCUUCUACUAUCAAAAAAAAAAAAACUUAAAACCCCAAAAGAUGUAUCUAAACUUGUUUCAAAGGAACAAUAUAAAAAGCUCUCUCUUGCGAUUCAAUAGGUGUGGAUUUAAAGCUUUUCAACCCGAUCAAUAGAUCGAAGGACCAAAAGUGUUUAUUACAAGACUACAAAAUAACAUAAUUUUUUUUUAUUCAAAAAUAUUUAAAAACCAUAUUUGAAAAAUGUUCUGUGAACUCUUAACAUAAACUUGUGAAAAGCACGAAUACAACUUCAAAAGCUCCCAAAAAGCGUUAAAAUAAAUGGAAUAAUUUAUGCCACUAUGAAUGAAAUUUGAACUACUGAGUUUUUGAAAAAAAAAACAAUCCUAUAAACUCGAAUAAAAUCAGAAAAUUUUUCAAGUUCUUCAAGCAAUCCUAUAAUUAAAUUAGAAAUGGACAAUGGUCUACAGUAAAAGUUUUAAAAGAUCAUGACCCAUAAAAUAAAAUUUAUCAACGGCAAUGAUAGCUUUGAAGUGCCCAGAAAUAAUCUAAGUACAAAAUUCAACCUCAUACAUUUAUUAACACUCGGCACUUAAAAUAAACAAAGAAAACCCCACAACAAAGACCAAAGAAAAUAUAUUAAAAAAACAAACCCCCACAAUUUGUGAUAGUUAAACAUUUAAAAUAAGAAAACAAAAAUUGAAAAUAUUUUUUUAUAUAUAUUUCUUGCUAAAAUAUUUUUGUAAAACAUUCCAUAUUUAUUUAUUUAAAAACAAAAAACUUGUAAAUAAUUAAAAACUUAAACAUUUAGUGAUAAGAUAAUGAAUUUUAAAAAUUUCAAACCCAAA